GUGCAGAAUUUCUGGAAUCUGAAAACGUCAGUAAGGAGUGGAAGAGUUAAGAAGAGUAUGAUGACAUGUAGGGGAGGGAACGUGGGAGCAGCACCUGGGAACUUGUGUAAAAACGAUUUGUGUUGAAAAGCUGAAGGACUGAUCACUUUUUACCAGCUGACUUUUCUUCAUUGGACACAAGACCUCAGGAACCACAAAACAGGAUCAGGACUGAAUUUUCAAACCCUGAUAAGGAAAAGGAAAAUUGGCAAGAUAUCUGAUUUGUUAUGGCACUUAACAGUGACGGUGUUUAUCUGUUGGCUGGGAGAAAUGCUCUCCUACGAUAGUGUGAAUGGUGGCGUAAGCUGAUCCGAGGAGGUGCCAUCUACCAAACGUCCAUAGAUGGAGCUUUGCUAAAGUCUGCGCCACUGGAGGCUUUUCGCAAUGUCAAAUUCUCAGGUGCAAUCCCUGGACGAGGAUGUGGUGUUCUUGCCGGUGACCGAGUCCUCCGCGGAGUUCUUCCACUGUGAGAAGGAGCGGCAGGCUGUGGAGAGACUCCUCUGUGGAGGUCCAGAGGCUUUCUAUAGCUUCAUCAGUGCAGAGGGCUCCGGCUGCUUCCUGGCUCCUGAAGAGGUCAGCCAGAUAAUCACCUGGGCUCAAGAGUAUUGCUUUAACUCGCUACAAGCACAAAAGGAGGAGGAUGGAGAUGAUGGCACCACAGAGAUGUACUUCUCCUCCACCUACUUCCCUUUCUGUUCAGACACCCCAGUUCCUUGUUUGCAGCUGGGCUGGCCUGAACACAACUCCUGGGUGCAGAAGGAGCAUGUUUCAGUCUACACCAGUCCUCCUACAGAGGGGCAGCCUCCUGUCAGAGAGGUCAUCCGACAUCAUCUCCAAAAGGCCACCCGCGUCAUUGCCAUCGUGACUGACAGGCUUACAGACGGUGCCGUCAUUGGUGAUUUACACGAUGCUGCCUCCCGAGGAGUCCCCGUUUACAUCAUCCUGAACCAAAGAUCCAUCCAGGAGAACUUUGCACUCACCAGACUCAGGCAUCCUAACAUGCAGGUCCGUACUCUUGGAGGAAAAACUUUCUGUUCAAGGACAGGCAGCGUGGUAGUUGGGGAAAUGAAAGAUAAGUUCCUUCUAGUGGAUCUAGAGACAGUGAUUCAUGGCAGCUACAGCCUCACAUGGACGGAUGCCCACCUACACCGACAGCUAAUCACUGUCCUCCAAGGCCCAGUGGUUGAAUUGUUUGAUAAGGAGUUCAGGAUCCUUUAUGCUGCCUCACUCCCCAUCCCAGACAUGUGGAGGGCUGCUUUUCUACACACUGAUGUGAUCAACCGGUUAAAAGACUUCUCAGAUCGCAGAUUUCCCAGAAAUCUCCCCAUGGAGCCUGAAAUUACUGCACCUCCGUCCCCGCCUGCUGAUUUCACGCUUGACUGGGAAGCCAUGGGUGUUGUCCAGAGAGAUAGCAUCUUACCCGAGACGCUUGCUGAUCUUCAUGAAGAUCCUGUGCCAAAGAAGACAAUGCUGCAGAACAACGUUCAACUUGACCCUAAAGCCCCCACCAUGGAUGUUUUUCUCAAAAUAGAACCAACUACUAGAUUGGCAAAUGGUGAGUGAAAAAAAUGCCCAGGUGACAAACAAUCUGCCUAGAAAAACCAUCAACGUUCAUUAAUAGACAGUCCUCCGUGCCGGCUCACCUUCAUCUCACAAGCCCAGAAACAUCAAAAAUGGAGGAACGCAGUGUUUGAUCAGACUUUCUUAGGCAGCUAGCUAAGGAGAAUGACACUCGUUUAGAUGACAAAACAGCAAUGAGACUUGGUGGAAAAGAGAGAGAGCAAAUUUUCAGUGCACUUGCACGUUUCCCUUUCCAGAAAAAUCAGCACGUGAGAACAGAGAAGGUUUUCGAGGAGGAGAGCAGUACAG